GUGACAGUAAGCGGAUUAGAUUUCCACAACCUUCGCGCCUCCCUGGAGGAGUGGAACAGGGCAGUAGGCUACAUGUACAAUCAGUGCCAAUCGAUAGGUCCCAGUCGCUGUAUGAUGGUCCACUACGAGCAGCUGGUGUUGCAUCCAGCCCGCUGGAUGAAAGAGGUAUUGGAAUUUCUCGAAGUGCCUUGGAACGAGAAGGUGCUCCAUCAUGAGAGUCAAAUUAACAAGUCUGGGGGCAUAUCAUUGUCUAGGCUGGAGAAAUCUUCUGACCAAAUCAUCAAACCAAUCAACACCGAGCCUCUGGACAAGUGGGUCGGGUUCUAUCCUCAGGAUGUUGUGGAUGAUAUGGACAAAAUUGCCCCGAUGUUGUUAAAACUUGGUUACGACCCUAAAGCCAAUCCGCCCAACUAUGGAGUUCCGGACGGAUUUGUUCUCCACAACACCAAACUGGUCCUUCAACAAAUUACGUUUUGGAAACAAAAGGCGAAACAAUUGCACAUUAAAACUGCAAUGGCACAUGAAUAAGAAAAUCAUGAUUAAAAAAAAAUAUUGUUUACU